AUGUGGGGUCCAGAAGAGUACGUGUGUGUCGGUAUGUGGGGUCCAGAAGAGUACGUGUGUGUCGGUAUGUGGGGUCCAGAAGAGUACGUGUGUGUCGGUAUGUGGGGUCCAGAAGAGUACGUGUGUGUCGUUUGUGGGGUCCAGAAGAGUACAUGUGUGUCGUAUGUGGGGUCCAGAAGAGUACGUGUGUGUCGUUUGUGGGGUCCAGAAGAGUACGUGUGUGUCGUAUGUGGGGUCCAGAAGAGUACAUGUGUGUCGUAUGUGGGGUCCAGAAGAGUGUGUGUGUCGGUAUGUGGGGUCCGGCUCUGGAAUGGUUUGGGGGACAGUACUCUGGAAAUUUAA